UGAAGAUUUAAAGAUAACAAACUCAAAUAUAAUAGGAGCAAAAAAAAACACCCUUUUCUCUCUCUAGUUGAUGAGAUAAGAGAGAGAAAAACAAACUGAAGAGAUGGGAUUUUUGGAAAAAUGUAUAUUCUCUCUCCUCUUGAUUGGAGGAAUGAUGAUAGUGAGAGCAGAAGAAGAGAUUAGUAGUAUUAGUAGUAGUAGUAGAAGAAGUAGUAAUAGUAGAAGAAAUACUAUUAUUAGCAACCACAACAACAAUAAUGAUAGAUGUGAUUAUUUCAAAGGAAGAUGGAUUGCAGAUUUCUCAUAUCCACUUUAUAAUUACUCAGCUUGUCCAUUUAUUGAGAAGGAAUUUAAUUGUCUCAAAAAUGGUAGAAGAGAUCUACUUUAUCUUCAUUAUAGUUGGAAGCCUCUCUCUUGCAAUUUAGCCAGAUUUAAUGCUCGAGAUUUUUUAGAAAGAUUUAGAGGGAAGAGCAUAAUGUUUGUGGGAGAUUCAUUAAGUCUAAAUCAGUGGCAAUCUCUUACAUGCCUAUUGCAUUCUGCUGCACCUACUGCUAGGUAUAAUGUCACACGACAAGGCAUGAUAUCUACAUUCACUUUCACGGAUUAUGAACUGAAAGUGAUGAUGGACCGAAGUGUGUAUUUGGUAGAUGUGGUAAGGAGAAGGAUAGGCAGAGUUUUGGAGCUAAAUUCUAUUAAUGGAGGCUUCUUAUGGAGAGGCAUGGACAUGCUCAUUUUUAAUACUUGGCAUUGGUGGGGUCGACGUGGACCUACACAACCAUGGGACUAUAUCCGAUUAGGAAAUGUUACGAUGAAAGAUAUGAAUCGCAUGGUUGCCUUUGAAAAAGCCCUUGAUACAUGGGGUCAUUGGUUAGACACCAAUAUUGACCCUUCAAAAACAAAGGUCUUCUUCCAAGGAAUUUCUCCCUCUCAUUACAAUGGAAGUGACUGGGAUGACCCAGGAGCAAUAAACUGUUUAAGGCAGACACAACCAGUGAUUGGCUUAAACUAUCCUGGACCAAUGCCACAAGCGGUGACGGUGGUGAAGAAAGCUUUAAGCAAAAUCAAGACGCCGGUGACAUUGCUUGAUGUUACUCAACUUUCCUUGUUGAGAAAAGAUGCGCACCCAUCCAUUUAUGGCCUCUUUUCAAUGGAUUGCAGUCAUUGGUGCUUGCCUGGUCUUCCUGAUGUUUGGAACCAGAUUCUUUACAACUACAUUCUUUAAGAAAUUACUUCCAUUUAUACCCUAUACACAGUUUUUUUAUUAGGUUAUUUAUCCUUUCUAUUCUUUUGGCUAUUUUAGAAUUUAUUAUUACACCCAUUAUUACACGUAUUGUUCCUCA